AGUAGCAUAUCUGGACGUGAUUUAUAAUCCUGUAAUAUGAUUCUGGCCCGCGAUGGCAAAAAUAUAUUCUAAUGUGGCCCUCCAUGGAAAAUAAUUGCCCAGGCCUGCAGUAACACAACAAAAUGUGGAAAAUCUAAAGGGGUGUGAAUACUUGCUGAAGGCACUGUGUAUAUCAGGUUGUUAAUAUAGUGAUUAUUCAAAUACUGACCUAUUGAUGGAGAACGCACAGAUCCAGACUUCUAGAAUUUGGCAACACACUUGUAGCCUACAGAAAACGUGCAAUCAAUUCAUCUUAGAAACUAGCCUACUUAGUCAAGUGCAAUUUUGCGUGGAGGAGGGAUGAGAUGGCGCGCAGUAGAAAAAUGGUGGCGACAUUUGAUACCUAAUUUGGUUUGCACUGGGCGUGGAGCUGGGUGGAUGUGCUUUUCUUACUAUGACUGUAGGAGGGCUACGCUGGCAAACUCUCAUUCGAUUGGAGAUCCUGAGAGAGAACUGAGGAUAUUGCAGCCACAACGUAACAAAGAUCCCUCUGCACCAGAUGCACCAAGAACAGUAGUCCUACAGUAUUCCACAUAAAUAUCUCAUCUCCAGCCUAUUCAGCCUUUCACUUUAAUCUAAUCCAUUCUAGUUGUCAAGCAUCAUCCAUAUCCCAUCAUGCCGAUAGUGGUGGUGCACUCCAACCCCCUGUUCUGGGUGCGUUUGUGUGCUCUGGUCUUCUCCUGUGUGGCCUUUGCUGUGACCGUCCAUGGGGCCAACCUCUCCCAUGGCACAGGGGACUGGUGUGUGUUCUGCUGGGCCUUCAGCUUUGCUGGGACCCUGCUGGUGCUGCUGGUGGAGCUGUUUGGCCUGCAGACCCGUGCCCCUGUCUCCUGGAAGAACUUCCCCAUCACCUUUGCCUGCUACGCCUCCCUGCUCUGCCUCUCUGCCUCCAUCAUCUUCCCCCUCUACUUCCUCAAGGGCCAGAACUCCCGCAGCGAGACUCACAACUACCGCAUUGUGGCCACUGUCUUCUCCUGCCUGGCAACCAUCGCUUACAUUUGUGAGGUGAGCAUCAGCAAAGCCAGGCCAGGAGAGGUAGCAGGUUACAUGGCCACCGCCCCGGGUCUGCUGAAGGUGUGUGAGACUUUUGUAGCCUGCGUCAUCUUCGUCUUCAUUAGCGACCCAGUGUCCUACGACUCUCACAAUGCACUGAGGUGGUGCCUGGCCGUCUUCUGCAUCUGUUUCAUCCUGUCAGCGGCCAUUAUAGUGCUGUGUAUCUGUGAGUGCACCGGCUGCCUGCCAUUCCCCUUUGCCCGCUUCCUGUCCGCCUACGCCGUACUGGCUGUCGCCAUGUACCUCUCCGCCACCAUCAUCUGGCCCAUUUUUAAGUUCGACGAGAAGCACGGGGGAUCCUCCAGGCCCUAUAGCUGUGGCAGAUAUGCAGGGCUGUGCGACUGGGACAAGCAGGUGGCUGUGGCUGUGCUCACUGCAGUCAACUUUGUGCUCUACCUGGCAGACCUGAUCUACUCUGCCCGACUGGUGUUUGUUACUGUGUGAGAGGAAGGAAGAGGGAGGUGGUUGAUUUGAUUACAAUGUAGAGAGAGGUUGAGGAGUAGAAAUGAAGAGGUAAUGAAAUAAACUGCUUACUGUAUUUUGCGUCAUUUAUACAUCAAUGUUCAGACAGAAGUCACCUACUCACCCAGAGAGGGACUAUACAUUGAGGGGAUUGCUGUGGUAUUUCAUGCAAAGGAAAAAAUCCUUACACAAUGAUGGUGUUAUGGACCCAAGAUUUCAGAUUAGAUGGACCAGAUCUUUUUUUUUAAAGUUUUAUCUCUGCUUAUCUGACACACAAACACACAGUGUUCCAUAGAUGGAAUGGAUUUAUUGAGUAUGUUGAUGUUACUAUAGUUAAACCUUUAACUUUGAAUGGUCUUUUUUAUAAGCAUGGCUUUUUUAGAAAUUAUGCAAUACUGUUAGUAGAUGUAAUAUUCAGUUUACAGAACAACUCACACCUACCUAGUUUGGAGUUACAAAGUAGAAAAAAAAUCUCAAUCAAACCCUUAAGUAAUUCCUAGAAAAUUUGUACACUGCUCCAAUGUUUGAAAAACAUUUAGUUUAGAAAUUCAUGUUAAAUUGUAUGUUAGCCUAGCUUUUUGGUUAUUUUAUAUUCCUAUUUUCACAUUUUUUAAAAAUAUAUUUUCAUAUUCUGCCAAGCUGUUUGCCAAGAGUUUAUUGUAUGUUGAAAGAAUAUAUUCAAAAGGUAAUGCGCACUUACUGUUUGACACUUGUUUGCUAUAACUCAUUCUCUGUAGGUGAUGGGCUCUCCAAAAACAUCUUAGAAUAAAAAGUAAGUUGUUAGUUACGUGUAUUAUCCUUAAUCUGGCCCAUUGGUUUGUACUACUGUGUCAGUUUGCUCUUGUGGAUGAGAAUGUCCACUUUGUCAUAGAGAGGGAGACAUCUUUUUGCUGCAUUUUCUUCUCUCUACUUCCUGCUGUUACUGAUACAUGACAUGUCCUUUGUUGAGUUUUUUUAUUCCACUGUGCCUGUUGAGAAUGUGCCUACCACAUCAGUGUUUUGGGAGAAUAUAAUCCAGUGUUCAAUAAAACCCAUGUGAUAUAUUAAA